UUUUAUUUUUAUUUCUUCAAUCGCAGGAAGCGCGAAAAGAAUCAAAAUUCGUAAAGUAAAAACCCCAUAAUUGAUGUGUUUCUGCUUCUGAAACUGAAAAACCCUCUUCUAGGGUUUAAGUUCAACGGUCAGAGCUUUCAGGCUCUUCAAUGGCCAGCCCUAAGUCCGUCGACGCCUCUCUGUGGUGGGACCCUUUCUCUGUUUUACUCACUGAGCUCGAAAAUGCGUCUCUCUCGUCCGACCUCCCUCCCAAUUUGGUAAAGAAAUUGAAGGACAAUCAUGCUUGGUUUGUGGACACAUUGUCUCACUUCAAGCCGCCCAAUGAGAAUUCAAGAGAGGCUUUGAAUUCACAGCAAGUGAAAGUUGGGUCUCACCAGUUGGAUAUAAAACCCGAAUUGAAAGAUAAGGCUUUGAAAAUCAGCUCGUAUUUGUAUCUAGAUGAGGUGCAAUCGUACAUUCUUGUUGAGAGGUCUUUCAAGAACAACAACGUAGCUCUUGACUCUAUAGUUCACGAGUAUUUUCAUGCGGUAUGUAUUGACUAUUACAUUGAGCGACAGUACCUGCUGAAAUGUACCAGGAGAAUUCUCGCACAUGCCUUGUCUUUAGGAAGUGUCUCUGGAGAAGGUAAUGCUAUGAAGGAGGAGGCGCUAAAGUUGAUUUCUGAUGGAUUGGAGAGGAACCUGUUAUCCGUGCUGCAAGACCUUUUAUCCUCUAAUCACCCUGAACAAAUGGAUAUUGACCUUUUCACUUUGUGGGCUGAGGAGACACUAGUUGAAGACAAUUUAGUUUUGGACAUUCUUUUCCUUGUUUAUAAUGAGUCAGUUUGUACUUGUAAUGGUGAAAGGUGGAAAACAUUGUGCUGGCUAUACAAGGGAAUUCUAUCUGGGUCUUAUAACUUUGGAAAGCUGGCAGUAUCAACUGAAGCACUACGUUCUGCUUAUCAAGCCAAAGUUCAGCUGCUUCUAAUCCUUAUCGAAACCUUGGACCUGGAAAAUAUUCUCCAAAUGGUUCACGAUGAAAUCCCUUUCAGGGAAGGCAAAUCCGUUUUUACUUUGGCUGAUGUCCAAGAGAUGGAAGCAAUAAUUUCAACUUUCAAUGUUUUUGAAACAAAAGAAGCAGGCCCAUUAAUUCUAGCAUGGGCUGUGUUUCUUUGUCUGAUUUCAUCACUUCCAGGCAAAGAAGAAAACAAUGUAGUAAUGGAAAUUGAUCAUGGUGGUUAUGUUCGUCAAGCCUUCGAGGCUGCAUCUUUGACUUAUCUUGUAGAAUUCCUUCAAAGUGAUGUAUUGAAGGAAUCUGACGGGCCUGUUGCUGGUUAUCGAAGUGUGUUGAGAACCUUUAUUUCUACAUUUAUUGCAUCUUAUGAGAUUGGUCCUCAGCUGGAAGAUAGUGCUCUUAAGUUAAUAGUGGAUAUUCUUUGCAAAAUUUAUCAGGGAGAGGAGUCACUUUGUAUCCAGUUUUGGGAUCGUGAAAGUUUUAUUGAUGAGCCUAUCCGGUGUCUUCUUCGCAGCUUAGAGGGUGAAUUUCCUUUCAGGACUGUGGAACUAGUUCACCUUUUAUCAUCUCUUUGUGAAGGAACUUGGCCUGCAGAAUGUGUGUUUAACUUUCUAGAUAAGUCUGUUAAGAUAUCAUCCUUGGUUGAGAUUAAUAAUAGUUCCUCUGUGGAUGACAUCUCUACAAUUGUUGAGACGCACCUCCCGUUGCAUGUUCCUGGAUUUGAAGGUUUAGUCAUUCCCAGUAGAACUUGUGGACAUGUUUUAAGAUCAGUUGGUGGAAAUGCUGCUCUUGUCCAAUGGGAGUAUACACAAUCUGAGGUGCUAGUAUUGCUCAUGCGCCUGGCUGAGGAGCUGUAUUUUGAGAGAAAUGACGAAGUUCUUCUUAUCCUUGAUCUGAUUAGCCGGAUGGUUACCUUUAACACGGCUGUAUGUUUUGCUUUGAUGGACAUUGGGAGCUCAUUACAUUUCCAAUCAACUGGCAUGAGUUGGCAGAUAGGAAGUAAUAUGUGGUUGGUUGAGAUCAUUUGCUCUUUAAUCAGAAAAUCAUCUCCUACUUCUGAUGGUGCCGCUCUGAUGUCAUUGGGUAUAAAUAUUUUAGCAAAAAUGUUAAAAUGUUACCCUUCUCAUGUUGCUGAGGUGGCUUUAAAGGCAAAUAUAUUUGAUUUCAGCAAUGGUCACGAUGAUUCAUCAAGUGGAUCAUGGUUGCUUUCUGGAAAAAUGGCAAAGAUGCUAUUAAUUGACUGUGAGCAGAAUGAUGGUGACUGCUCAUUGACUAUAUCAGUGCUGGACUUCACUGUACAUCUCAUGGACACAGGACUGAAAAAUGAUGCUGUCUUGGCUUUAAUUGUUUUCUGUAUUCAGUAUGUUCUUGUUAACCAUGAAUACUGGAAAUACAAGGUGAAACAUACUCGUUGGAGAGUAACAUUGAAGGUGCUUGAAGUGAUGAAAAAAUGUAUUACAUCAAUAUCAUGCUCUGAAAAGUUGGAUGAAGUCAUCUUGGAUAGGUUACUGUCUGAUUCUUCCAUCCAUAGUACUCUCUUUCGGAUUGUUUGUACAACUACAGAAGCAUUAGAGAGACUUUAUAUCAGCUGGCAUCCGACAGAGGUUGAAGGUUUUGAGAUGGCUAUAUGUUCAGUUUUAGAUAUUCUUUUCAUAAUCCUCUCCAAAUUUUCUAAGGAUAUAUCUUCCAGCCCUCCAUUUUUUCACCAAGCAGUCUUCUCAUCUGCAACAAAACCAAUUCCUGUAGUUGCAGCGCUUGUCUCCUUGAUAUCUUACUUUCGCAAUCCUGGAAUACAAGUUGGUGCUGCUAGGGUUUUAUCAGCGUUCUUGAUGAUGGCAGAUUUAAUGCGACCAUAUUUGUUUGGUAGCAGCUUUGGUCUGGAUGAUAAGCAGAUUGGAGAUCUGAGGCAGUGUGUUAGUUACAUACUACUUGAGCAGUCGGAAUGGAAUGAAGAUCUCUUUGUUGCUGUAGUCAAUCUCCUCACUUCUGCUGCUUGUUAUCAGCCUGCUUUUCUUGUUGCUGUAUUAUCCACCGAAGUGAAAAGGGAUGUUCAACAGAGUAAUGCUGGUCAUGUGAAGCUGCCAACAAAUGAUGUUACCUUCAGGUCAUCUGAGUCGGAAAAAACAAGUAUUGUGGAUGCAGUUCUGUAUCAAAUUGAAAGAUCUAAUGAUCUUAUCAACAGCAAUCCCCGAAUACUGCUGAAUGUUCUUAACUUUCUAAGGGCACUGUGGCAAGGUGCUGCUCAGUACACUAAUAUUUUGGAAUGCCUGAAAAGCUCCGCAAAUUUCUGGAAAAAAUUGUCCAGUUUUAUUUCAGUAAUUUCUAGUGUAGAAGCUCCUUCACCUGAAAAUAUAACUGAGACAGAAGCUCAAGAUUUGGCUUUCAGAUAUCAGUGUCAAUCUGCGAUAUUGGAAAUAAUGGCACAUGACAUGUUUCUGCACAAAAAGCUAUUACAUUUGGAGACACUUGCAAAACAAGUGCCUGAAUCACAAGACAGGAUACAAAAUACAGUAAGAUUAGAAAAAUCAAAAUCUUCAGAUCUGGUGGAUAUUUUAUCAGCCUGGUGCAGGAGCUCUGUUUUGGAUAAUCUUACCAAGUCACUUUCUUAUUGUGAAUAUAACCUCAAGUUGUAUUUACAGGCAAAGGUUGCUGCAAGUGUAAUCACUGCCCAUGUGAUGGUGAACUUAGCAAAUGGUGAUGCAGGAAGUGUGUCUGUGUCAUUACUUGAGAAGUCCAGCAUCCUGUCAAAUAAGUUCAGAAGUCAUCCUGCUUUUUCUGAAUUGUUAGCUCAAUACUCACAGCAUGGUUACAGUGCAGGGAAGGAGCCAAACUAUUUGAUUCUCAGUGAUCUUUAUUAUCAUCUACAAGGAGAGCUUGAAGGCCGUGAAGUCAGUGCUGGACCAUUCAAAGAACUCUCUCGGUUCCUUAUAGAAUCAAAUGUUUUUCAGAUUUACCAACAUAAAUAUGAUGCUGAUCUUUUUGUAACCGGAAAAGAUGCAUACUUGUUUGAUCUCAAACAUGUACGAGCUGAUUUGGGGUUAGAUCUUUGGGAUUAUUCACAGUGGAAGGCAUCAAAGGCAACUGCAGAAACAAUGUUGAAUCACAUGAAGGCUGCAAACUCAAUGGCGUUGCUUACAAGUUCGAAGCUUUCUGCACUAAGAGCAUUAAGAAGUAUCUUGACUGUGUUCACGGAUGAUUCACUGGAGACGAAAAGUACAGCGAAAGAGAUCUCUGAUCAACUUGUUUUCUCAUGCAUCAAUCACAUAUGCCAGAGCUUCCAUGACACAGUAGAAUCAUUAGCUUCAUUACCUGGUGCUCCUGAAGAUAUCUUUCACUUCCUUUCAGCUCAAGCAGAGUUGCUUCUCUAUCUUAUGAUGUAUUCACAUAAAAGCCUGCCUUUGUCUGUUUGCAUUCUUGUACUAAAAACAUCAGGUUCUGGCCUUAAAGUGUUGAGUGAUUUCAGAGCAUUAGUUACCGGGCCAGCAGUUAUGGGGGUUAACACUACCGUAAAGCUCUUGCUUAUGUUGCUUCUCUCGGCAGUGGAGUUUAGUUGUCAUAAGUCACAUUUGGUUGGGGCAAGAGAUAUAAUAUGUGUUGAAGACCUGGCUAAAAUAUCUAACGUGAGUCUUGGUCUACUACCAAUUCUCUGUAACUGUAUGGCUAUUGUUGAGAAUGGCACCCUCUCCCUAACUACUAUGGACUUGAUACUGAGAAAUUUCUUAACUCCCAACACUUGGUUCCCCAUUAUACAAAAUCACCUCCAGCUUCAGCAUCUUAUUCUGAAGCUUCAAGAUAAGAACUCACUUGACUCUGUGCCCAUUAUAAUGAAGUUCUUUUUGACUGUUGCCCAUGUGAGGCAGGGUGCAGAAAUGCUUAUUAAUAAUGGGUUUCUUUCGUCUCUGAGACUCUUGUUCACUGAGUGCUUGGAAGGCAGGUCUUCUUCCAUUAGUACUAAUAAGAGAAAUCCCAACUCAACUGAAAAAACUGAGAAGCCUCAGCAAAUUUGGGGACUUGGUUUGGCAGUCAUCACAGCUAUGGUUCAGUCUUUAGGAGACAGUUCUGCUUGUUCUGAUGUUGUGGAGAAUGUAAUACCCUACUUCUUUUCAGAGAAAGCCUAUAUGAUUUCAUACUAUCUCAGUGCUCCAGACUUCCCAUCUGAUGGUCAUGACAAGAAAAGACCUCGGGCUCAGCAGAGACAAACUUCUCUUACUGAUCUUAAAGAAACCGAGCACACUCUCAUGCUGAUGUGCGUGCUAGCAAAACAUUGGAAUUCAUGGGUUAAGGCCAUGAAAGAAAUGGACUCCCAGCUGAGAGAGAAAAGUAUCCAUCUUUUGGCCUUUGUCAGCCGGGGAACUCAACGCCUUGGAGAAUCUUCGAGUCUUAAUGCUCCUCUCGUAUGCCCUCCUAUCCUUAAAGAGGAAUUCGAUGGCUGCAAGAAACCCUCAUUUGUUAACAGUAAAAGCGGAUGGUUUGGUCUUUCACCGCUCAGUUGUGUGUCAAAACCAAAAUUCUCAGCCGUCUCUACCACAACUGCGCUGGCUAUUAAAACUCAGUCAACUGAAAAUAGUGAUCACGUAUCUCAGUCAUACUUCUCCGACACUAUUGCCCUUCAGAUAUACAGAAUUACUUUUCUUCUUUUGAAGUUCCUCUGUUUACAAGCUGAGGGUGCUGCUAGAAGGGCAGAGGAGGUGGGGUUUGUUGAUCUUGACCAUUUUCCUGAGCUUCCAAUGCCUGAAAUCUUGCAUGGCUUACAAGAUCAAGCAAUUACCAUUGUUACAGAGCUGUGUGGGGAUAAAAGAUCAAAUGAUAUUCAAAUUGAAGUACAGAGUAUCUGUUGCUUAUUGCUACAAAUAAUGGAGAUGGCCUUGCACUUGGAACUUUGUGUUCUACAAAUAUGCAGCAUAAGACCUGUGUUAGGGCGUGUGGAGGAUUUUUCAAAGGAAGUUAAACUUUUAAUGAAAGCGAUGGAGAGACAUGCUUUCCUCAAAUCAUCUGUGAAGUCCUUGAAACAAAUAAUUUCGGUUAUCUAUCCCGGAUUGUUACAGGCCGAAGAGUUUUUGUGAGAUAAAUUCUUGUGCAUAUAGGUGAAAACUGAUCACUGUAGGCUUUGGAAGAAAAAUGUAAAAACUAGUGUGUAUUGCUUACAUCAAUGGCUUUAGAAAUAUUCCGCAGGCUUAUAAAAUUGUGCCAUUUCUUUCAG